UGAACUUUGAAUGAGGAUGGAGUUUUAAGCAAUGGACUUGCCUAUAAGUACCAAGUAGUUCUCCUCAUCAUCUUCAUCAGCUCAAGCCUUCUCCUCUACCAAUCAAACCAAACCCUUCCACCACCCUUCUUGAGGUCAGUUCUCUUUGUUUCUUGCCAGGCCAACAUGGGAGUCAUCACCUACUCGCUGGAGAUCACAAGCAGCAUUGCCCCAUCGAGGAUGUUCAAGGCUUUGGUCCUCGAGUCCCACAAUGUCCUACCCAGGGUUGUUCCCGAGGGCAUCAAGAACAUCGAGUUCAUCGAGGGAGAUGGUGGAGUUGGUAGCAUCAAGAAAACCAACUUUGCUGAAAGCUCCCACAUCAAGUACACAAAGCACAAGGUCGAGGCUCUUGAUGCGGGUAGCUUUUAUUGCAAAUAUACUAUGAUCGAAAGCGACAUCAAGUUCGACAAGAUCGACUUUGUCGUGGAAGAGGUAAAAUUUGUCGCAGCUGGCAGCGGAUGCGUCUGCAAGAUGAACAGCGAGUACCAUGUGAGGGAAGGUUGUGAGCUCAGGGAGGAGGAGAUCAAGAAGGGUAAAGACAAAGCUAUGGGAUUGUACAAGGCUGUCAAGGAGUACCUCGUGGCCAACCCCGAUGUAUGCGCCUAAAUGCUUCUUUUCCCAAUAUCCUUUCUGAGCGGUGAUAUAGUAAAGUGAGCGGAAAGUGUGUCUUGUAUCUUCUGUUUCCCGUUUGGCUCUGCCUCGGAGCUUUUGGGUGAGGAAAGGGUUUUAUGGUGUUAUUCCUAUGUCAUUAAGGAUUUGAUGGUUGUGCGUAAGCCAUGCAAAAAAUUAAUAAAU